AUGAUAGAGAGAGCCAGAGUUUCUCUCCAAGAAGUCAAGUAUUUGGCUUUGGAUGAAGCCGAUCGAAUGUUGGAUAUGGGUUUUGAGCACCAGAUAAGAAAAAUUGUUGAGCGGAUGGAGAUGCCUCCACUAGGUGCAAGGCAAACAAUGCUUUUCAGUGCAACAUUUCCAACUGAUAUACAA